AUGUCGGAGCAAUGGCUGCUCCCUGUGCUCAUGUCCGUUUUGUAAGUUAAAUGGCUCUUAGUCUGAAAUGGGAGAACUCAUGCUAGCGUUAGAUCUGUAUUCAGCAUAAUUUACAUGAGCUAAGGCCACAAUUUCGGCUGAUUCAAACACUGGGAUAGUGAAAAGAGACUUGUAAGGUACACCGACUUUAAAUGCGUGUUGUCCAUGUUAGCACGGAGACUCAUUCGGCCCCAUAUUAUACCAUACCGCUAUUCACGAGCUUCCAGUGGCCUCACGCGACACCAAUACGAUGUCAUCGUGGUGGGAGGCGGCCACGCGGGCACGGAAGCGGCGGCCGCAGCAGCUCGAGUGGGGGCAGAAACUUUGCUCAUCACGCAGAAGAUUCAAACCAUCGGUGCACUGUCCUGCAACCCUUCCCUGGGCGGGGUAGGAAAGGGGCAGUUGGUGCGAGAGGUGGAUGCGUUGGACGGCCUGAUGGGUCGUGCAGGAGACUGGGCUGGGGUGCACUUCUCAAUCCUGAACCGCAGCAAAGGGCCUGCCGUGUGGGGGCCCCGGGCCCAGCUGGACCGCGGACGGUACCGGGAGUUCAUCCAGGCGGAGCUGUUGUCCACCCCCCGACUGACCGUAGUGGAGGGCUCUGUGGACGAGCUGCUGGUGUCUGAGCUGGACGCAAACAAGCCAGGCAAACAUAAAGUGACUGGAGUGCGCAUGGCGGGCGUGGAUGAGCCCGUCCAGUGCAGCUCCGUGGUACUGACCACUGGCACCUUCCUGUCCGGCUCGCUCUUCAUGGGCCAGACCACUUCCCCCGGGGGGAGGAUGGGGGACCCCCCGUCCUGCGCUGGUCUGUCCCACACGCUGAGGGAGGUGCUCGGGCUCACCGUUGGGCGCCUACGCACCGGCACACCCCCCCGGAUCGUCAAGGAGACGGUGGACCUGUCCCUCGCCACCGUCCAGCCUCCGGACGAGCAGCCUACGCCCUUCAGCUACGCCAACACACGCACCCACUGCCCGCCUGAGGAGCAGCUGGUCUGCUAUCUGACCCACACGACCCCGGGAGUGGAGAAGGUAGUGAGAGAGAGCCUCCACCUCAACUGUCACAUUCAGGAAGACACCAAAGGCCCCAGGUACUGCCCAUCCAUCGAGUCGCGUGUGCUGCGGUUUCCGGGGCGACGGCAUCAGGUGUGGCUAGAACCUGAGGGCUUGACCUCCGACCUCCUGUAUCCUCAAGGUCUCUCCAUGACGAUGCCCCCUGACGUCCAGCUUCGUCUCCUCCGAGAGAUACCUGCCCUCAGACAGGCAGAGAUGCGGACACCAGGUUAUGGGGUGCAGUAUGACUUUGUGUGUCCCACACAGCUCUUUCCCUCGCUGCAGGUGAAGAAGGCUCAGGGGCUCUUCCUCGCUGGCCAGAUCAAUGGGACCACUGGUUAUGAGGAGGCCGCAGCACAGGGCCUGUGGGCGGGUGUGAACGCUGGUCGGUCAGCCCUCUCUCUGCCGCCCCUGUCCCUCUCUCGCACAGAGAGCUACAUCGGGGUUUUGAUUGACGACCUGGUCAGUCGUGGCGUAACAGAACCGUACCGUAUGUUCACCAGCCGGGCCGAGUUCAGAACCUCCCUGAGGCCCGAUAACGCAGACCUCAGACUAACACCCAAAGGUUUUGAGGAGGCAGGCUGCGUAUCGGCCGAGAGGUACGCGGAGGCGCUACGGGUUCGCAAGGGGCUGGACGAGGGCCUUGCCGCGCUGCGGUCCGUCUGCAUGUCCUCCACCCGCUGGAGAGACACACUGGCCCUCACCUGCAUCAGCAAGACCAAGAGCGUGACCUUGAGUGCCGAGGAUAUAUUGCAGUAUGAAGAUAUUUCCUUUGAGAUGUUGGCAUCUGCCAUCCCUGAUGUCUUUUCUCCAUAUUUGGAGUUUGCACAAAGACUGAAGAUUGAAGUCCUCUACCACUCCCACUGUGAGAGACAGAAGAGAGAGAUGGAGAGAAUCCUGGAGGAAGAGAGUCUGCGGCUGCCUCAGGACAUUGACUACCUCUCCCUGCCGACCUCUCUCUCCCAGGAGGUUCGGGAGAUACUGGACAGGGUUCGACCGGACACAUUGGGGGCAGCGACUCGUUUGCCUGGAAUGACCCCAGCUGCCAUAGUUCAUCUACUGAACUACGUGACAAAAGUGCCACGCAGAGGCAGAACUGCAGCCAGAGGAUCAGUGGACUCAGUGGUGCGAAACAAACGCACAGAAAAUAAAAUAUAGGAAACGCAAAACCGAACGACAUAGCAGCGCUUCAGUGAUGUAAAAGUAAAAUAUGUAAUAAAUAAAAAUGUAAUAAAUAAAAAUGUAUUUCAAAUCAAUUUAUUUAAUAAAUAAACUUUUUUAACGUG